CGCGAAUAGAGUUCGCAUCGGGUGUAUUCGACACACAAAUGGAGUUGUUAUAGGAUCUAUGGCGUUGUAGUUGGCAGCGGUUGUGCGUGGGUCUAUAUGUGAAUACCUGUACGUUUGAGUGUCAUGAGGUUGUGCAUGUUUGGCAGUGUGAGCCGAAACAUAAUUAGAUAUACGGUUAGACCAGAUGUAGGCGUGUUACAGUUAAGGCCUCACAUAGCUAGGCUAAAACAUUCGACAGCAUCUACUACUCUUCCGUCUGCUACUAAUUCUGGUAUGUUAAGAAAAGCUCCAUCGCAGGUUAAAGCCAACUCAGCACAGACACUGAGUGCGAAAAAAACAGCUUCGCGACAAUAUGUCAAGGAACAGGUUCAUCCACACGGUCAAAGUGCACACCUACGUAAACAUAAGAGACGAUCUCAUCAAGUAGGUCAUGUACAUUAUACGGUGACGUUGAAACACAUUGCACAGUCAGCCAGACGAACCAACGACACACGCUUUGCGUUGUAUUGUGCUGAUAAGCUGCUUAGUACAAAAACAUUGUUGGAAUCAGAUGCUAUACAUGCUACGCAUAUAUACAAGCAUGCGAAACAACCGUGCAGGUGUGCGGAAGUACUGGCGUACAUGAAGAAAUCACGCAUGAACAUGUGUGCUGGUGUGUACAAUACCGUCAUUGCAUCGUACGGGGUCACAGACGAUUGCGACAGUGCGUAUAGCUACUAUCAGGAGAUGGACGUGUAUCGUGUCAAGCGGGAUAACGACACUCACAAGGUCAUGAUAACUGCAUUCAGUCGUGCAGGGAGGUACUCAGAAGCUCAUAUGAUGCUGAGAAGGAUGCAUCCAAAUAUACACACAUACAAUUGGGUUAUAUACGCGUACGCUAAGUGUGGGAAGUGGGCAGAAGCACAUAGUUUACUUAGCGAAAUGCGGGAUUCUGGGACCACACGGAAUCUCACCACGUACAACAACGUCAUCGUUGCCUGUGUACAAUUGGGGAAAGUGAAUGAAGCAGUGAAGCUAUUGAACGACAUGCAGAAAGUGGGGAUAAAACCUACGACAGCGACAUACAGCGGGGUCAUAUCCGCAUGUGAGGUGGCGGGGCGGUGGGAAGAGGCCUUACGCUUGCUGAGGGAAAUGCCGAGCAAAGGUCUACAAUAUAGUACGGGUGUGUUUAGUAAGACGAUCGCUACGUGCGAGAGAGCUAUGCAAUGGGACACGGCGCUCGAGUUACUACGAGAAAUGAAUAGGCGGCGCAUAGCGCAUACUACAAGAACGUAUAGUAGUCUGAUCAACCUCGUGCACUGGACCGAAGCUGUGGAUCUGUUUUUAGACAUGGACACUAAGGGGCUGAAGAAGGAUGUGCGGACGUAUGGGGCGCUCAUCGAGGCCUUAGCGAAAGAGAGGAACAUGCAGGCUGAUGUAGAUAGGUUAUACGAUAGUAUGGUAUUACACAUACCUGAAGCAGCUCAUCUCUGGCAUGUAUUCGAGAGCGAGGGGGACCUGGAUUUGCACCAUCACUCGUACCACAUGGCCACAGCGGCCGUGAGACGGUUGCUACGCACGCUGCUGACCAAGGAGCACACGUGGCUAAACCGGGAACUAGCGCGGAUUAACGAUGACGGAAUAAAGGGGUACCGAAUAAGGAGCCGGACGCGCUCAGAACGGAACAGUGUGGUGGUGGGGAAGGGGUUGAAUAGUGUGAAUGGCCCUGUGCUGAUGGAUCUGGUACAGACCCAGCUGGGAAUGUUAGACCCACCGGUGGUAGCAUACACCUUGCCGAAGAAUAAGGGGUGUCUGGUCCUGGACGACAAAACACUGAACGCUUGGUUGUGGAGCAACAUGUAGCCGUGCGAGUAUGCGUUUUUUAGUACAUUCUGCAUUAACAUUAAACGCCGGUUGUCCUGCAGGUUUGACCACUCAGGGCGGCAAUAUGUAUUGGCCUCA